AAUAUUUUUCCUCCUACAUUAUAUUUAAUGGACACAUUUAAGCAAUGGUAGUAACAGUAGUAGUAGCAUUUGUCUAUGCACAUCAUAUCAUGGCAUUUAAUGUGUAGCCGGCUAUGGACUCGCUGAUACUACUUACACUCUACAUCUCUCCACUCUGCUCCUACAUUUGAUAGGUCAAUUUUCUUCUGUUUACUAUUUUCACUCUCCUAGGAACUCUCUUCUUUCUUUGCUUAAAGUUACUAAAACACGUAGACCUUUUUUUUGGGUUGAUCAUUGAGGAGGAACAAGUUGCUAGAGUUAGUGUGUGAGUGUGUGUGUGUGUGUGUGUGGGUGUGUUAGGGGAAUGGGGAGAACACCAUGUUGUGAUAAGAAUGGUCUGACUAGAGGACCUUGGACACCUGAAGAAGAUGAGAAGCUUGUUGAGUUUAUCAACAAGAAUGGUCACGGUAGCUGGCGUUCACUCCCUAAACUUGCAGGUCUUCUUCGUUGUGGGAAAAGUUGUCGUCUUAGAUGGAGGAAUUAUCUAAGACCAGACAUCAAACGAGGUCCUUUUAGCCCCGAAGAACAGAAGCUUGUCAUACAGUUACAUGGCAUUCUUGGAAACAGAUGGGCUGCAAUUGCUUCACAAUUACCUGGGAGGACAGACAAUGAGAUAAAGAAUCUAUGGAAUACUCACCUGAGAAAGCGUCUGCUUUCCAUGGGCAUAGAUCCUCAGACUCAUGAACACCUGUCUGACCCCAAUGGACUGGUGAGAAGACCGGCUACAUCAUCUUUAGCUCGUCACUUGGCACAAUGGGAAAGUGCUAGGCUCGAAGCUGAGGCUCGUCUGUCAAGAGAGUCUCAAUUUUUGGUUCCGUCAUCAGUUGGGAGGUCUGAGACCGACUAUUUUUUGCGCAUAUGGAACUCAGAGAUAGGAGAGUCAUUUCGUAAAUUGAAGAAAGGAGAAAAAAGCGCUUGUCACAGUCCAGCCUCUCAAGCAUCUUCGUGUACAAAGUAUGGAUCAGCUUCAGGCAUUACGACUGAGGUUGAGAUCGGUGUUGCUGGUUCACCAGUGACAGGGAGCAACCAAAAUGAAUGUAUGGAGUGGAAGAUUGGCCAACCAUAUACUGAAGAUUUCUUGCAAGGAGCAGACACCUGUAGCUCCAACGCCAUGGAUGAGGAUUCAUCCGAAUCAGCAUUGCAACUUCUUUUGGAUUUCCCUAGUAACAAUGACAUGAGCUUUCUAGGACAUAGUGAUUCCUAUAGCUUGUAUCCCUUUUUGAGUGAAAGCUAUUGAUCUGUCCUUGUGCAGAAUAGGCAGUGUGCUUUCUUCUGAUAUCAGUGGCUCCGGAAUGUCGAUUACGAAAAUCAUUCUGCUGGUUGUUUUAGUAGCUCCAGGCUCCAGCUGUGGAAAGAACACAUAUUCUAACUCUACUAUAUAUUAGUAUGAUAGCAAUAGGGCUAUCUCAGCUCCAUUAGGGGAAAAGACAAAUGUGUUUUACCUCUAUAUAUUUUGUAAUAGCAAUAGUGCUAUCAUGCAUGAUACGUUUAGCUGGAAGACAUUCAGGUCUAUGUUUUGUUUCUAUAA